UUUGAAAUUCAAUUUGCUUUUUGAUUUCCCGAACAUAGUAUUUGUCGAUUUGAACAUGUGCGUUUUUGACGCGUUCUUCACUGGAGCAUAGAGUGGCGUUUGAAGAGGAGGGUUGGCAGCGAAUCCUGGUCAUAGCUCCGCCUGCCGCCUGGAACUCUGACCCAGAAAGAGCCUUUCCUAACAUUGGGUCAGGUUUCAUCGUCAUAUCACGGCAAGUAAACUUCAGCAGCUGAUUUCUUCAAGACGUAUGACUCGGGUCUCGCCAAGCGUCGCUCAGAUAACACGGAGUCAUUACUUGGAGCGCUCGUGGUGACAGGCAGACUUUGACAGACAGCGUCUGGAACGGCCGGCGAAUUCGCGCAGGAGGGUCAAGGUGUUGAACGACGUUUGCACAACUGUUACUGGAGACGACAGGUUUUACGUGGAUUGUUAUUUUUUGUUGGAGAUUUAAUUGAGCGUGACGGCAGGAACGCAGUGAGAGUAAUCUCUGGGUUGAAGGGAAAGCUAAAGGGUAAUCAGAUUUGUAAGACAAUAAUCAGACAAUUGAGCAGCAUCGGCGACGGAUGUGUUCAUUGUAAGAAGCAACAACUUCAAAAAUCGAUACUCAAGCGUUUGUUUUUGAAAGUUCUUUUUCAUCCAAAUCGACUGUCAUCGCAAUCGUACAAUCAAGGCACAGAGAGGUGAUGGCAAUUUUGAGGUGCUAACUUCUGCAACGACGACGUUCAAUCACAACGUCUGUAAUUACGACAGCGUCUCUGUCAGGACCAUCGGCGUGCAGGUUCCUCCAGGUACGACACGCCCACUGUGCUGAGACGGAGGCGUGAUAAUCUACUACAGUGUCAGCGACUCCUACGACGACGCUACAAAUAGCCAGACCAACGCCACAGAGACCGCAAAAAGUGCCAGUGAUUCGGCAACGGCAACGUCUAAACACCUGAACAACGUUUUUGCAUUUCCAUACGACAUAGGAAAACAGCGUUCUCGGAGGUGCUAACGCUACCGUCGGGGACGGCAGUACUCAAGGCACAGACAACGUCGCAACUGCAACAUUAUCACGAUGGCGCACGCGUCCUAUGGGAGAAUCAACUCCAACUCAUCAAGCGAGAAGGAAGUACCGUCAUGGCGGCAGAUCGAUGAAGCGACCUUGACCUGUGGGAAGAGAAUAAGGGAACAGUUCCGGAUCCGGAACUUCUUCUUAGGCCAUGACAGUCCUGGAAUGUUUGGGAGGGCCCAGUGUGGUCCAUCCGUCAUCUACCUGAUCUGGCGACUGAUCUGGGCUGUAUAUCACGUCACCGCCAUCUCAACAUCAGGUUUCCUCACGCAAUUUUACGCCACUCGAGAAGAAAACAGGAUUAAAUGGUUUAUUUUUCUGACAAAUUGGUGUUAUUUGAUCCUCACGUGCUCCGCCAUCUUGGAUCUGAUUGUCUCUCUACAUUUCUACGUCAACAAACAGAGCUUCCUCAAAGGGGCGGAAGCACCGAUGCCAUGGUACUGCAAGGCAUUAUGGGUACAGGCCAACAUCAGCAACGCUAUCGGGAUCGAGAUAAGCCUGGUGUACUGGCUCCUACUCCACGACUUCAACAACAACUUCCACGGCUACCGCAUCCUCCCCUUUCUCACCCACGGCAUGAACGUCAUCUACAUUCUCCUCAACCUCAUGGUGACGGCCAUGCCGGUGCGACUACUUCAUUUCUACCAGCCUGCCGUCUUCGGCAUCGUGUACGUCAUCUUCAGUGUUGUCUACACUGUCUGCGGCGGCAGCAACGACCUGGACGAGCCCUAUAUCUACUCCAUCCUCGACUGGAACAACUCGGGGACGUUUGCAGCAAUACUCACAAGCGGAGCUGUUGUGGGGGCCAUGUUUGUCCAUGUUGUUAUUUACUUCAUUCAUCUUCUGAGAGUUUUUAUGUUUAGAUGUUCGAGAUCAGAUGAAGUGAUGGUUUGAAACAAGUGUACGUUUAUUGCUGUUUGUAUUUAUUUGUUUUGUAAAUAGCUUCAAGUUGUUAAGUGGUCACUAGUGAUGUUGUUUGUAUUGAUGACGAUAAGGUCAACACUUCUAACGUAUACGUAUUGUUAGGCCGGGGUCACAUGAAAACUCCGACUGGGGUAUCAAAUAUUUGUCGAAGACAUCCUUCGGUAAGUUUAAUCAGGGCGCUGAGUGGAUUUCGUCACACACAAAUUUAAAAUCAAAUGAGUUUUUCAGUUGAUAAAUGUCAGCUUGACUUAGGUCUCAAAAUGAUUGAGACCAAUGAUAUAUAUCCUCAAAGUAGCUUUUGUAAGUGUAAUUGUAUAUGCUUUUAUUUUUUUAGUGAAUAGUAUAUUAAUUACCAUACGCUAGACAAAUAACUUUUUUAAUUGUUUUAUCUUUAAAAAUAAAAAAAGAGACCCAUACCUGUGAUAUAUGUGUUCAAGAUGCGGCUUCUCUUAUCCUACGCUUAUGACAAGAUCUACGAGAAUGUUAUUUCAAAGCCGUCGCUGAAUGCCUAGGUCGCUGUCUUCAAUAAGCCGAUACUUCUGUAGAAAAAACCCUUUAUAACCACGUGAUCCAAAUGUAAAGGUCAUUGCUAAUAUCUACACGAUUGAUGUGUUUACAAUGGUAACGUCUUCUUCUACUUCCAUCAAAGUCAAAUUGAAUCAGAAAUUCUCACUUAUUUGAUUACUUCUGAAUUUCUUUGAUGUGAUAUCGAUUACAGCGUUUAACAUCACUCCGAAUAACACGAUAUAAAUCAAAGCGAUCCGCGUUACCCAAAGAAGAGGCACCUGUUUCAUGUUCUGUUGGUUAUUAUGGCAAAUAAUGAAGUUAGUGUCUAGCUUGCAGCUUUUACAGAUUCUAUUUCGUUCAGUUACUUGUAAAUCAUGGCAGUAUUAGUGUUGUAAAUCAAACGAAAGGAUUGUAAAGGUUCUUGUUUCUGAGAAAUUUACAAGAUCCAUUUCUACUAGAUCACGUUCCGUCACUAUAACGCUGACUCUAUUUCACUGGCGAUUUAUUCAAGGAAACGUUACGUCCGUAUUCAUGUUUUAAUCAUUGGUAUAAAUAGGCAACAAAUCGUUUUGUUGCUUCUUGUCACCGCCUGACCACGUUUUUUCAUUCCGUUUCCAUUUGUUAAAUAAUCUCACAAGUACGUUGAUUCCUAUUGUAUUUUUUAAUUUCUCUCAGAAGCAACACCUAAAUCAGUCCGAAUGUCAACUUUCGCGAUGUCGUGUUUUUUUCCAGAAUUGCAGAAAACAAUAGAAACUAGAACAGUCGACUAAUCUGCUGUCACUUUAAAAGGUGAUUAGAAACAGACAAACAAGAUAAUGAAAAUUAGGCCUUGUGUUCCAAAUCAUAAUUCAGUGCUAGUACAAUCUAUGGUGGCAGUUACCAGGGCAACUAUUAUACAACAUUCCUUCAAUAUAAUUCCUCCUUGUGUGUUGGGUAAAGUCAGUUUAUUGAAGGGUUCGGUGCACCAACACGAAGUGUGCCGAUGUCUGGGAUUAGCAAUACCACCACCAACGGCAAUGUAUUGAAAGACUUAUCAUAUUCAUAAUCUGGCCCGAAAAAUGGAAACUUUUGCGUGAGGAAUGAGUUAUGUUCAACAUACCAACACACCAGUACUUCCUUUACGACCGCCUCCGUGAUGUAGUGGUAGAGCGUCCGCCCGGAGAACGGAAGGUUAAAAGACGUUAAAAGAUGGUACUUGUUGUAACCGGGGUAUUCGUGUUAAACUACUGCAUGGUAUCUCAGU